GUCAGAGUCAAGGCCCGCGGGCCACAUCCGGCCCGCGAGAAGGUUUUUUACGGCCCCUGGGAUGAUCUUGAUUUAUUAUUAGAACCGGCCCGCAGACCGCAGCAAGCCGGCAGCCCGCAGAUCUUUUACACGCACCAAUACUACAUUUCCCACAAUGCAACGGUGACGCACCGAGCAGUAGGCUGCUUCAUUUCAAUAUUUAUUGGCACAGCAGUCGUCAGCAUCACAGUAAAAUUAACUUUCAGAUACCCAUCAAAAAUGGCAAAACGGAAGGUGGACACUGAGAACCGGGGGUUUCAAACAAGGUGGGAGUCGGAGUAUAUGUUCACGGAGGUAGCUGGAAAACCUGUGUGUCUUCUGUGUGGAGAAAGUGUGGCGGUACUGAAAGAGUAUAAUCUGAGACGACAUUAUGAAACGAAACACGCGGACAAAAACAAGAAUAUGGACAUGGAACAAAGGCUACAAAAAGCAGAGGAAUUAAAACGAGGCCUCAAAUCUCGACAGGCUCUGUUCAAAAAUGCCAAAUCACAAGGCCAGGCUGCUGUCAAGGCCAGUUUUAUUUUGGCAGAAGAGAUCGCUAAAUCAGCCCGGCCAUUUACGGAGGGGGAUUUCAUCAAAAACUGCAUGAUUAAAGUUUGUGACGAAGUUUGCCCAGAAAAAAGGCAACUCUUUUUAAAUGUGAGUCUGAGCAGAAACACCAUUGCCGAGAGAGUAGACCAGUUGUCCAUCAAUCUAAAAGAGCAGCUUGUGAAAAAGGGAAAAGAUUUCAUUGCAUAUUCCUUGGCUGUGGAUGAGAGCACCGACAUUUCUGACAUUGCCCAGUUGUCAAUUUUCAUCCGCGGAGUGGACUCCAGCCUAAGCGUGACAGAGGAGUUUUUGGCUUUACGUCCUAUGCAUGGCACAACUACGGGGCAUGAUUUGUAUGAAGAGGUGUCAAGAUGUGUAAAUGAGAUGGAGCUGCCUUGGGAAAAACUCGUAGGUUUGACAACCGACGGAGCACCUGCGAUGUGUGGACACAGGAGCGGACUGGUGGCGAAGAUACGGGAAAAGAUGCAAGAGGAAAACGCGACAGUCACGGGCCCUUGGAAUUGUCCUAACUUUCCCCUCUAUACGGCGCCCCUGCCACCGGAUGAAAGGUUUCUCCCGCCUCUUUAGACGCGCCGCAUAUAAAGAAUGACCUGCAGACAACACCAGGAGCAGGGAAAUAAAUGGAAACUUUUACUGUAACGCUUAAGUAAACGAAAUGCAGCAGUAAUAAACUAUAUUCAGCUGUAGCUUUAGCUAGGUUUGUGACAUUAUAAACCAUAACUUCUUGUAUCUAGAUUUAGAAUUAAUGAUAUUAAUAAUAUCAAUAGCAUGAAUAAGCAGCAUGUUAAGAGCAUUUCAUAAUGAAUCAUGUUUUAAUUGGAGAUUAUUUAGAAUCAGUUCUAGUAUGAAUGGCAUGGAAAAGCUACUUGUUAGUAACUUUUUAGCACUUCUGCUCAUGACAAAUUCAUUUCAGUUGUUACAUUUUGUUGUUAGUAGUUUUAUUACAUAUUAAAAUAGGCCACUAGGACUUAACUUUAGCACCAGAGCCUACAAACUGUGAUAUCAGAAUAUAAAAUAAAUGGCCCGAUAAAACAUUAGAUGUUCACUUUUUAUUGACAAAUUCGACUGGGCUCAAUUGAUUAAAUAUUAUUUAUUUGAAAAAGUAUUGUCCGGAACAUAGGGGAAACACUGCAAACCCCUUAUACAGAAAAAAAGCUCCCAACCCCCCCCCCCACGCCGCGUAUGGCUGUCACCUUUUUCACCUCUUACCGGUUUGCAGGUAUCUUUUUUGAUGGUAUUUUUCAUAAAAGCUUUACGCUGUAAAACUGUGAAAUGUCAAUAAAAAAAGAUUUUGAGCAAAAGUUAAA